AUGAUUCGACCUGAAUGGUGCCUCCCAGGCAGACGCAUACCAGAUGCGGGUGGACUCAGUCUCGAGGACUUGGCGCGGGCCACUUUAGUCCCCAAUCGUAUCCGCUACAUACUCCAUCCGCCCGAUGACAAGGGAUGGCUGCCGCGGAGAGAGGGGCAUCAGGUUACGGAGCUUAGCAUAACCACGAUUCUGCCGGACGCGGAGGGGACGCGUUUGCUCGUCGAGAAUUCGACUGAUCAAAGAACCUUUUUUGUCUCUCUCUCUCUCUUUUGGCAACCAAAUCUCCUGUGGCUGGCCUGGACUGCCCCUACUCUGAAAAAUGUGCAGCCUCUGGCUCGAUACACUCGCAGACUCGCAAUGAGCACACCAGUCUCACUCACCCCGCGAGGGACGGCCCCAACCUCGUCCGCGUCUGCGGUCCCGCUGACCGCGUCGGUGAUCAAGUUUCGAUGUCUGUACACUCAUGAUCUUCGUCGGAAAACCAAGCGCUGGCAAGACGGCUAUCUUCGAUACCAUGCAUUCAAUAAACGAGUCAUGGUCUACGAUGAGUCGGGGAACUACAUUGGAGAUCAUCAUUGGCGGAACAACGAAGAAGUACAGGAUGGGGACGAGUUGGAGCUGGACAAAGGGGCCUUGAUCCAGGUUGGCGAGCGCAUGGAAACAACGCAGACUGAUCUGACAAACUUGCUGGACAAGAGAAAAUCCAGCCAGGGUUCACCGCAGGCAAAAGGGUCCGUCUCUCAGACACCCCAGGUCUCGGCGCCAAUCCGGUCCUCGGGUUCAUCGCAACCCUUUCGCUCCCUCAAUGAGCUGUUGGGAAUCAAGAAGACUCCGAUCGGCCAUCUGGUCUCCCCAUUUGAAGAACGUCACUCUCCCAAAUCCGCUGCAAAUAACUCCCAGCCUGAAGCGAGAGCACCGAAGCGUCAGAAAGUCAAUCUGGCCGGAACCCAUGUCAGGAGCAAGCAACCCAUUCAGUCUCAAGUUGUGGAUCUGACUGGCUGUGAGGAUGAACUGAUCGCACCAAACGUGCAGGGUGUCCCAAGAAGACAGAAUUUCUCCUCGGAAGCAAGUCAUGCCAGAGAGCAGCGAUUAGACAAUCUAGGUCGGGAACAGCAUGGACCACCAGCAGGCAUUCCUCCAAAGCCGCUCGUAGCAUCAACGAACCACAGCCUCUCACCUCGCCUAAAUGGGAAUAAAGAUCCGGAUCUGCCGAAUAUGCGUAAAGGUCCUCUGCCAAAGCCAAGGCCAGCCGGUGGACUCCGCGAAAUAUCCGGCGACAUUCAUGAUCAUUCCAAACCAACAUCAAACAGGGCACCCACUCCCAGAUCACAGAAGGAGCCUCCCAGGAAAGCUGCCCCGACUGUGAACACCACGUGCCCCGGCUCACAUAGGGUACCCCCGGAUUUGCCGCCACAGAAACCAAGCCUCGAUAAAAGCACUCGGGAUGGCUCUGUGGCAUUCAAGAAACCGGCUUUACCAGUCUCCUCGGGACUUGGUCAAGCUGCUGCACAGCCAGUUAGAACUACGUCGUCAAAAGAGAACCAACCUUCGCAAUCUGGGUCUGCCUCCCUGGCCAUCACACCCGCGGAAAAGCCGAUUCAUACCAAUCCGCCGGCCACGAUGCUGCGUCUAGCAAGCGGGAAGCCACGUCGCAAAUUGAUGUACAGUGCACUUCUCCCAGGCGCCUCAUCGCAGGAUUCGUCAGCAGAGCGGUCUGCAUCAUCUUCUGCCUCGUUUUAUUCAUCAAAUCCAAGUCGUAGAGAACCAGCGAUCAAAUCCAUGGAGUCCCAGGACAUUCCAGCCCCUCGUCACGAACUCGCGGCCUCUACCGCUGAUUUUCUGCCCUCUACUUCUACUCAAUUCAUCUUGGAGGAAAUGGUAGCGCCCGCUGCGGGACCAAGCUCCAUCCGGCUCAAGGAAGACUCCCAGAGCACUCCCCCAAUUUCAAAUCUGCCACGAAAAGCACCGGUACGCAGAGCGCUUGACGCACCUUACCGGAAAUCGAUUUCGGACCCAGGCGCCCUGAUCACCGGUCAAUCACGGCCAGUAUUGACUCGAAGCGCUUUGAGUGCAAUCCCGGAGCAUCACGAACCUGUUGAAGAGGGCCCGUGGACCUCUGAAGCGCUGUAUUUGUUCGACUUUUGGCCGCCUGGCCGCCCGAAACCCUAA